AUGUCCGACUUCCGUCCUCGCUCGCCAGAGCUCGAGCGGUAUGCAGCGUGCGUGGACGGCCAUUCUGGCACCUGGCUCGUGGACUGCGACCCGCUCAAGAGCCAGCUGAACGCUUGCGCCUCGAGCUACUCAGGCCUCGUGGAGGCCAUCAAGAGCAGGUGCAAGCCGCAGAUCGACCAGUACGAGCGCUGCCUGAAGGCGAACCCGGCGAGGCCCGAGACGUGCACGGGCAAGCUCGAGGCGCUCGGAGAUUGCACAGAGGGGAGGGAGGCGCAGAGGCUCGUCGCACAGCAGCAGCAACAGCCAAAUCGAUGA